GUUGUCACGGGUGCCUGGGCAUCGCUACCAACUUGGGGCGCCGUGUCCGGUGGCAUCUCCAACGCCUACGCGGCUGCCACGGAGUCCGUCAACGCCGCGGUCGCCAGCGCGCCGAAUACAGAGCAGGUGGUGGACAGCGUUAAGAACGCCGCCAGCGGGGCUGCAGAAAAGGCCCAAGAAAUGGUCGCCAGCGCGCCGAAUACGGAGCAGGUCGUGGACAGCGUCAAGAAUGCCGCCAGCGGGGCCGCGGGAAAGGCCCAAGAAAUGGUGGCGAGCAUGCCGGAUUCGGGGCAGGUGGUGGAGGAUCUCCAGUCCGCGGCCUCCGGCGCCGCGGCGAUGGCCAGCGAGGCGGCUUCGGCGGCGAAGGCGGCGGUGAAAGGAGAGGGCGAUGCCGCUCCCACCGAGGGCCCGGGUGAGGCUGCGGAGGCCGCCAGUCCUUCUCCAGAGGCCACCGCGCCAGAAGCGGCAGCCGAAGGCGCGAACCCACCAGCGGAGGAGAAAAAGGAAGAAGCCGCCGCCGCGGCACAGGAUGCUCCGCCGGAGACCACCGAGCCUCCCAGCGAAGAGAAGAAGGAGGAGGCUGCAGCUGAAGAGAAGAAGGAGGAGGCUCCAGCUGAAGAGAAGAAGGAAGAGGCUCCAGCUGUGGAUGCACCGGGGGAAGCUCCGGCGGAAGCAGCGCCGGAGAAGAAGGAAGAAGAGGCCGCUGGGGCAGCACCGGCCCCAGCCGAGCCCGCCCAAGCCGAAGCGAAGGACGAGGUGCCCGAUGCUGCAAACGCAGCGGCUGAGCCGGGCGUGGAGGAGAAGAAGGAGGCAGAUGCUGCGUGA